AUGCCUUUUAAAUAUUGGCCAGAUAUCGAAACAUGUUGUGUAUGCAUUCCAAGUUUAAGGACAGCUGCUACUAUUAUCGCUGUACUUGCCCUUGUUUCCAAUCCACUGUUGUCAUGGUUAAUGAUCCGGCAUUCGUACGCGGUGCGCGUGUCGUGCCGGCUCUCCGGGGCCAGUCGGACAGACGUCGUGGACAUCAACAUCAAUAACGUGAUUAGCUUCGGAUUUGGCGUGAACGGUGAUUUAGGAAUUUCUUGUCUGACGCAAAGUCAGGAUGGAGAAAGAGUAACUAUCAAAAUUAUUAAGGCACUGGGAUGGAUUGUGCUGAUUGCUGACGUUGCUUUCUUGGUUACCAGUAUGUUAUUUCUGGUGAGGAUUUACCGGAAUCCUACGCGUCGAAUGGCCACAGCUUUUAUCAUCAGUGGACUCAUAGCCUUGGUUCUGUCAAGUAUCCAUGGAAUAAUGUAUGUCAUAGUCUGCGCCAUUCAGGGUCAAGGCAUCGCCCUUUGUCAGCUACUUUUAACGUUUGUCGACCUAGGAUUGUGGAUUUACUUUUUCUUAGUGAUACAAUUUUAUAUAAAGAAAGAACUGCCCUCAAAUGAUUCUCAACCCCGUACAAAAAAUGUUAGACAAGAGUUUGCAUUCUUACGGACGAAGGCGCAGGGCCCCAUGGCCUCUGGGUCUCAGGCCCCUGGAGUCCGAGCUGUUAACUAUCGCGGACGCAGUUUCAUGAAUGCCCUACGUGAUUGCUGCCAGUGGAUCGCAAACAUUUUCAGAGCGGCUGAACGGCGAGCUGCUGGCGCGGAGGCGAGCGACGUAGUGCGGCGAGCGCGGCGCGACUGGGCGGGCGGCCCGCGGCCCGGGACGACUGCUUGGAUAAGCGCGCGCCGCCUGCCUGCUAGGGCUGACACUGCUGUGACACUGCGCCGUGUAGGGCCAUAG